AUGUCUCACAACAGUCACGGUACAAAGGUCAGCCUUGGUAACCAGGCUCCCGAGCGAAAUGAGCCUGCCGGCAUCGUCGCCGACGACUCCCUCGCUGCCGAAUCCCGCCGCAACGACGGCGAGUUUGCGAAGAAUGCCGGCGCGAAGUCUGAAUCGUCUCAAAACACCAAAAACAUUCACAGCGCCCCCAAGGCGGCGCAGCAUGCGAACGGCGGCGCGGCCCCCUCGUACGUUGUCGACACGCAGCUGCGCGACCAGUCAGGCCCUCACGGCAAAAGCAUUGGCGAGGAGGAUAUGGAUGCCACGGGCUAUCGCGACGGCCUGAGGCGCGCACUGCGAUCAGAGCCUGGUUCGGAGGACGACCCCAGCCGUCUCGCCGAGCAUCAGUUUGAAGGACGCAACGCCAUCCCGGGCUCAGCACCGGCUGUGCGGGACACAAAUGGCGUCAACAGCUUUGAGAAGCUUGAGAGAGACCUGUCUGCUUAA